ACCUGCGCACCGGGCCGCGCACCACCAGCGCGCCCUCCUCGCCCGCCAAGACGCGCGAGUCGCUGCUGCAGCGCGUCCAGAGCCUCACCGGCGUCGCCAGGGACCAGGGCGCCAGCAUACUAGGCGCGGCGGUGUCAGGCGCUGGCGCAGUGUCCGGGGCCAGGCCGGCCUACAACAAGGACCGUUGCUUCACGCUGCUCGUCAUCGAUGACCAGAACACUGACUGGUCCAAGUAUUUCCGCGGCCGGCGGCUGCACGGCGACUACGACAUCCGCGUGGAGCAGGCGGAGUUCCGCGAGCUGUCGCUGGUGGCUGGCGGCGAGCAGGGCGCCGCCACGGUCAGCAUGGCGGUCUUCCGCAACGGCACGCGCGUCGCGCGCUCCUUCCGGCCCGACUUUGCCCUCGUGCGCCAGAACCUGCGCGACGCCGCCGAGGACCACAAGAACCUGCUGCUCGGCCUCAAGUUCGGCGGCGUGCCCUCCGUCAACUCGCUGCACGCCGUCUACAACUUCCAGGACAAGCCGUGGGUGUUCGCACAUCUGAUGCAGCUGCAGCGCCGCCUGGGAAAGGAGAACUUCCCGCUGAUCGAGCAGACCUUCUACCCCAACUACAAGGAGAUGCUGAGCUCGACGCGCUUCCCGGUGGUGUUCAAGAUCGGCCACGCCCACGGCGGCCUGGGCAAGGUCAAGGUGGACACCAACAGCGACUUCCAGGACAUGGCGAGCGUGGUGGCCGUCGCGGGCACCUACUGCACCGUCGAGCCCUACGUGGACUCCAAGUACGACAUCCACGUGCAGAAGAUCGGGCCCAACUACAAGGCCUUCAUGCGCAAGAGCAUAUCCGGCAACUGGAAGACGAACACGGGCUCGGCGAUGCUGGAGCAGAUCCAGAUGACAGACCGGUACCGCAUGUGGGUGGACGAGGUGUCUGAGCUGUUCGGCGGGCUUGACAUCUGCGCACUGGAGAUCAUUGUGGCCAAGGACGGCCGCGAGUUCAUCAUCGAGGUGAACGACAGCGCGCUGUCACUGAUGGGCGACUCGCAGGAGGAAGACCGCCGCCACAUUGCCGAGCUGGUCGCACACCGUAUGCAGCAACUUUGUACCACUUUACCAACUCGUAACACACCACAGACACAGUGCAGACCCCCAAUGACAAAGACAACUUCGCGGUCAUCAGUAACAAGUAUGUCAGGGCAGCCCGGACAGGGAACAACCACAGGAAGCACAAUUCCUUCUCCAACUGGUGAUGAGCGACCUGUGUUUCCUGGAGAGGCAGGAUCACCACAACCACCAGUUCGCCGUGAUUCUCAAGCGUCGCAGUCGAGUUCUGUGAGCAGUGCACCGAGUGUUGGACGACGACAGGAAGACACCUCUAGAUCUGUCUUUGGGCGUCAGGGUUCCACACAGAAUGGUGAGGAUACUGAAGACACAAUGAAAAACUUGAGGAAAACAUUUGCAGGAAUAUUUGGUGACAUGUAGACAUAGCUUCUAUCAUUUAUGUAGAAUAGAGAAUGGAUGUGCAGUUGCAGGGUUGCUAAUGACAUGAAAUUAAAAGUAUGGUUUGGUGGCAGUAUUACAAAUAAAUUUAUGUAAUGUUCUCAUUUUGACAUUUUGGUUGAAUUGAUUAUGAUCCAAUAACUUUGUUUUCCAUGAGUAUAGUGACAAUGAAAUUUCACAAUACAUGAGAAAAAUGGUAUUUAUUUGAAUUCAUUACUGAAAUUGUGCCUACUGUUUAUUUAUGAUUUGAUUAAUCUCUGCACAUACUAGAGGUGUACUCAGCAACUUGUAUGAUUUUUUUAUGCAUUAAAUAUGAUGUUUAUGAUUUUUUUUUGUAUGAAAUAUGAUGUCUAUCUUGGAUAAAUAAUUUCAGAUUAUACUGAAAUAAUUUUUAGAGUGCUCCUAGUAACUCCAUUUGACCAACCCAAGAGAGUGGGUGCAGUACCACUAACAGGAAAAAUACCAGUUCGAGAUCUAACACAAAUUUACUGAAGUCAGCAUGUCUCUCUUUUUUCCAUUUUUUUCCUAUUUGGAAUCUACUUAUAGUCAGCCUAUACAUAGUCAGAAAAACCAUACAUUUAUUACCAAUGUGUUUGCACAGUGAUGUGAACAAGCACAGCUAGUAAUCGUUGUUCAAAGACUUGCUGGCUUAUGCCACCUGCUCACAGUUGUUAAAUGCAUAUUAAAUUUCAUUCAAUGAGUCAUCGAAUACAAGAACAUUUUAUAAUAGUUUUACAGAAUAAUUCAUGUUGAAAAUUUUUUAAAAAGUCUAAAUAAUGUGUUGUUUUAAAAAAUGAAGAAAGUUGUACAACUUUUGAAAUGCCCUAAUGGUAGCUACACUAAUUUGUAAAAAAGCUUAAAUACAUAAAUAUUUUAACAGAUAUGUUGGCUUAGUUAUGAAGGUAUUCAUUUAAAGAUAAUUUAUUUUGAAAUAUGGCAUCGUUUUAGGUACUAUGUUCUUCUCAAGUAGAUAGAGUAUGCUCCUAGUUAAUCUUUUGAUACUGAUAGGAGAUCGUUGAUGAACAAUAUCUUUUAUUAUUUUUAAGAAGAGAUUUGCUGUGUGAAGUAGUGCAGAAAUGACUAGUGUAUCUGUUCAAGUAGGCAGUUGCAAUAAGUAGAAAUGUGUCAAGGUUAUAAAUAAUUGCCAUGAGUGUACUUGUGUUGUUGUGCAAACCAUGUUGUGAUAAAUGAUAAUAUUAUAAUAAUUAGUAUAGUGAUCAAAUGGAUAUGUGGUGUGUGAUUCACAAAAAUAUUGGUUUGGGUGAAUUGUUAUUUUUAUCGUUGUACUGUUAAAAUUCCAAAUAUGUGUAAGUGUACUUAUAAUGCAUCUAUUUUGUUGCAUAUGAUGUUACAAUGGAUGAAAUGUGUUUCAUUAUUGCAUGGGUGUUUCUGUAAACAUUGAUACUGUUAUAAAAAAAAAACUUGAAAUGUAGUUAGGAAGCAAGAUUAUAGCAAUACAUAUACUACAUGUUAUAAAUGCACAUGCUGAAAAUACUGUGUGUAUAUAAUGCUUUACAAUUUGUGGAUUAAACCAGGUGUUCUCAGAAAGGUUAGUGCCCACUACUUCUUUUGAGCUCUAGAAUAUAAUGUAGUAAAUUUUCAUCAGAGUCCUGUUGAACACAAUGGAAAUAUGGUUAACAUGUAAAAUUACUGUAAACAGUUAUACAGGAACACAAUAACCAUACUACAGUGUUCAGUUAAUGUCACUUUAAUACAAUUAUCCAAAAGAUUCUCAGUGAAAUAACAAUAACAAUCUGCCUUACAUUUAAUCAUUAAUAUAUCAUAAUAAACAAAAAUAAAAAUUUAUUGAAUAAAUGAGUAAGUAAAGUAUUUGCUAAUGGUUUUUAAGAUUAAUGCAGAUGCAGCUGUGUAUCAUAAUUCUUUGGAUUUUGAAACAUUGUGUAGCAUAAAUGGCUUUGUUAAAAAUGAAAAUAGGUUUCUAUUAAAUACAAAUAAGCAUACUGAAGACAUUGUUGUACGGUGAAAUAUUGAAGGUACAUUGUACAGUGGAUUUACGUCGUUAUAUUAUUAUUUGUAGUGAGUCAUAAUUAAGGCUUAAAAAUCACAAUUCCUAAUAUAUGGAUUCAUGCUGUCUUAUUUUAAUACAAACAGCAACAGGGAUUUUGUUUGUAUCUAACUGUUGUUUUGAAAUAUGUUAGAAAAAAGAUUUAAUUUUUUGUUGAAUAUCGCUGGACCUAAUACUUAAAAUAUAGUAUUGGGUAAUUUUAAACAUAUUGUGUAAAUAACACUGAAAGACUCAAAGUUCUGAGACAUAUAAUUGAAAGUUUCUUUAAUAGAUUUGUUGUUGUUCUCAUAUUAUACACAGUUUAUUAUUACAUACUGAAUUAAAAUUGUACAACUUUGAAUUUUAGAGAGAAAUGAGAUACUAUGUAAUUUCACUUUUAAUUACUAUUUUCUGAAACUUAUAAAAAAAUCUAUCACAUUUAUGAUUUCCCUUAAAUACCUAUUUAUUGUCAGUUACACAUGUUCAUAAAAUUUGUUUAUUUUGAACUCAUCAGGUGACACAUAUAAAUGAUCCAGUAUUUAAUCACUACACGUAUUUGUUUUCCUUACAAAAAAGAUGUCUUAUAGCUCCUGAGUAUAAAAAUUUAAGCAUGAAUUCUGCCAUUUAUCUCAAUGUAACAAAUAUAAGAAUUAACUCUGUGUGCAAUAAAAAUCUGUUAAUGCUUCACAAAAUUGGUAAUAAACUUGACUGUGUUUACAAUAUUCUCUGGACUUCAGUUCUUAAAAACAUGAUAUCUUUCAGGAGGCAUCUAAUGAACAUUACAGAUCAUUAUUCUCACCAUGCUUUUCACACAAUUCUUAUUACACAUGAGAUACCAUAAUAUUGCCUUCUGUGUCUUUCUGUUCAGUUAACAGUAUGAAAAAGACCUAUGAUGCAAACUAGUAUGGACAGGUUGUACAGUCGCUCCACACAUUGCUUUCUCCAUUGAAUGAACUCUGCCACACUAACCUAUUCAUCCCAAAUUACCUUAUUUGGUUGUUAUCUACUGUACAUUGUGUGAGGAGUAAUGUAAGUAGAUGAAUGCUUUGUGUUUAUUCCACAGAGGAGAUAACAUGGUUAGAAAUAGGUAUACUUUAGUGCUCCCGAAUACAUAAAAUAUGUAGACUCCAGGUAUCAAAAGAACAGUGUGACACUGUAGUGCUGCAAUUUCCAUGCAAACACAGUUCGAUAUAUUUGCCUGCAACUACUUAAGUGAGCUAUCCAUAACUGGUAGCUCAUUUGGGACAUGGGAAUUUUGAAUCAGAAUGACACACAAUGAUAGCCUGCAAAUGAAUAGUAUAUAUCUAAGUUAAGAUUUUCACUUCAUCUGGAAAUGACCACUUGAAGUAUAAAAGAGUGAAGGACCAGCACUUCAAACUCAAUGAGGUGAAAUGUGUGUGGUGUUAAAGUGAAUAACCCCAACAUUUUUUAAAAUCUACAGAGAAAUGAAAGCCAUCUUACAUAACAUGGAAAGACCAUGGAAAGUUUGAAGAAAUCCAGCAUAUUGUAAGUAAAUGAUUAUUAUAACAACAGUAACAAUCCAAAGACAUUCUGAUGAAAAUUAGUUCCCAUAUAUUGUAAGUAAAUGAUUAUUAUAACCACAGUAACAAUCCAAAGACAUGCUGAUGAAAAUUAGUUCCCGUAGUCAGCAUUUGACACAACUGUAAGAGAACGAAAAUUGAUAACUUAAUAUGAAAUGUUUUUUGAGGUUAAUGUUUAAUGAGAAAUGUGUUUUACUUUGGGUUUGAUACAUUUUUUAUGUGGAGUCUUGGGACUUAGAUGUCAGAAUAUUAAGAAGCAAAAUGAUACGGAACCAAGUAAAUGGAUUAACUUUCAAAACAUUAUAUUAUCUUGGUUAUUAUCUGCUGAACAUUCAGCAUGGACAAAAGUUAAGUCAUAACUCGCACUCAGAUCUUCACCUGUUAUUGACAAUGCUCUUGCAAUUUAAUAUAAAAAAUCAUAGAUGAAAUAUACACACUGUAUGGAUCAACUUUGCAUGGCUGAAGAUUUACAUGUUGGGUGUUACAUCUUACAGAUGAUGACCCUGAGGGAGGCAGCAGGUGCACGGGAUAGAAAUGCAAUUCAUCAGCACCAGUUAGUUUGUGCAGCACACAAUGACUGUUAUGACUGGAUUGAGAGUCUUACAAAAGAGAACAUGGGGAGACUAUGGGAAAGAGGGUGUGGGUGCAGAAUGGGUGAAGACAGCAUCCUGAGGCAGGCUGGAAGUGGGUGAGGGGCAGGGAGUUAGCAACAACUGUGGCCAGGAUUACAAGAAUAAAGGAUGUAUUGAAAGGGUAACUCCCAUCUACGCCAUUCAGAAAAGCCAGUGCUGGGGCGAAGAAUCCAGAUGGCACAGGUUGUGAACCAGCCACUGAAAUUGAGCACAUUGUGCUCAGUAUCGCAUUCAACCACUGGGUGGUCAAUUCUGCUCUUGGCCACAGUUUGGUAGCAGUCAUUCCCACAUAUAAUCCUGUGUGGAAAUUGCAGCAGAGUUGGAAUAUGACAUGGUGUACGAUGGACACCCAUGGACAGCAUAUCUGUAAUGAUGAUAAUUCCCUUGUCUAUUAUGCUGAAGAUCUCAUGUCCCAGGCUUAGUUCACAGACAGAUUUCCUGGAUCAUAUCCUCCUCACACAUCUGUAAUACUCCAUCUACCCCCAAAAUCAAGUUGCAAAAGAGCAUUCCCUCAUGACCCAAUACCAUCCCAAACUGGACGAAAUUAACCAUACCCACUACAAAGGCUUCAGCUAUCACCAUGCCCGGAAAUAGGAAUAUCAUGCCCACAAUCCUUCCCACCUACCUUUGCCAUCCACCCAAUCUGUACAAUAUCCUGGUUCAUCCAUAUGGAAUGCCCACUCCCAACCCCUUGCCAUAUGGGUCAUGUCCCUGUGUGAGACCCAAGAGCAAGGCCUGUCCAAUUCCUGUCACAGGCUUAUCCUAUCCCAUCAGGGGACAGGGCCACCUGUGAAAGCACCUGUGUCAUAUACCAACUCUGCUGCAAUUCCUGUGCAGCAUUACAUGUG